ACCAUGAGGUCUCUGGUCUUCGUUCUGCUCAUCGGAGCUGCUUUUGCCACGGAGGACGACAAGAUCGUCGGAGGGUAUGAGUGCAAGCCCUACUCCCAGCCCCAUCAGGUGUCUCUGAACUCUGGGUACCACUUCUGCGGUGGCUCCCUGGUCAACGAGAACUGGGUUGUGUCUGCUGCUCACUGCUACAAGUCCCGUGUUGAGGUGCGUCUCGGAGAGCACAACAUCAGGGUCACCGAGGGAAAGGAGCAGUUCAUCUCUUCCUCCCGUGUCAUCCGUCACCCCAACUACACCUCCUACAACAUCAACAAUGACAUCAUGCUGAUCAAGCUGAGCAAGCCCGCCACCCUGAACCAGUAUGUGCAGCCUGUGGCUCUGCCCACCAGCUGUGCCCCCGCUGGCACCAUGUGCCUGGUCUCUGGAUGGGGCAACACCAUGAGCUCCAGUGAGUACCAUCUGAACAAGCUGCAGUGCCUGAACAUCCCCAUCCUGUCUGAUGAGGACUGUGAUAACUCCUACCCUGGAAUGAUCACCAACGCCAUGUUCUGCGCUGGAUACCUGGAGGGAGGCAAGGACUCCUGCCAGGGUGACUCUGGCGGCCCCGUCGUGUGCAACGGUGAGCUGCAGGGUGUUGUGUCCUGGGGCUACGGAUGUGCUGAGAAGGACCACCCCGGUGUCUACGCCAAGGUCUGCAUCUUCAACGACUGGCUGGAGCGCACCAUGGCCAGCUAUUAAGUUUGAUCCUGUCC